GUCUGGCUGGCUUUUUCCGCCUCUGGAUAUCUGCCUGCAGCAGCAGAGUAAAGCGGCCAGAAGAGGAGGUGAAAAGGGAGAGAGAGAGAGAGAGGGGCGAGAAGAUUCAGCGAGACGCCGUCGAUCCCAUCAGACAGUGGCAGCGGGCAGCAGCUACUGCUAUACCAAGCCCAGCAAGCGGGAGAGGAGCAUCAAACCUCCAGCCCACCCACUGCCACUGGCCCGCAGGCAGGACCAACAUGUGGCAGCCAGCAAGCGAGAGGUUGCAGCACUUUCAGAACAUGCUGAAAACAAAACUGAAUGUUCUGACACUUCGGAAGGAGCCUCUACCAACCGUCAUCUUUCACGAACCAGAAGCCAUUGAACUGUCCCCCACAGCUCCUCUGAAGAAUGCCCAGUCUUACACAGAACGCAAGGUUAGGUACUUAGGAAAAGUGGUCAUGAGAGGGACACAAUUCACAUCAGGUUGCACCGAAAGGUCCGUUAUUGAGUUGUGGGAGAAGCAUACACUGGAUUAUGAGGAUAUAUCAUCAGCCAAUGCCAUUUUAGAGAUACGCCCUUUCCAAGUCCGCCUCCACCAUUUGGAUGCAAAAAGAGAGGCAACAGUCCAAAUGGAUACCUUCCAGGUGGCGCGCAUUGCCUACUGCACAGCAGAUCACAAUGUCAGCACUAACAUCUUUGCAUGGCUUUACAGGGAGAUCAAUGACGAUUUGUCCUACCAGAUUGAUUGCCAUGCAGUGGAAUGUGGGAGCAAGCUUGAAGCCAAAAAACUAGCACACGCCAUGAUGGAGGCCUUCAAGAAGACCUUCACCAGCAUGAAGAGCGAUGGGAGAAUCCACAACAGCAGCUCCUCCGAGGAAGCAGAGUCAGCAGCAUCAGACGAUGGCUGAAAGGAGAAAUUGAUUAAUUAAGAAUCAACAUUGAAGUCUGGCCUAUUGAUGAGAGCCAUUGGAGAGAAAUGAAUGAAGGAAACUAAUUGAGGAUGAAAUGCCAAUGAACCCUUGGUUGGUUAGCUUGCCAAAUUAGCCAAGUGACACAAUAUAUUGAGAAGUUUUUAAAAAGAUUACACAUUAUUAAAAUAGUUGCAUUGAGAUCUAAAACGACUGCUGUGCUGUCACUUGUGAGUUCAAAGCUCUCUGACUCCCCAAAGGAGUCCACUGACGGCAGCUCUUUAUAAUCCACCUGAUGAAAUUCAUUAAACUAAUGGAACAGUUAACUCCCUCAUCACAGCCAAGAAUUAAACUGAUGUUUAACUUCAGAGGGAGAAUCUCACAGACAAAACAGUUAAGGAAAAGGGAAUGGAAAAAAUGCAUUCAGAUUGAAAACCAAACUGGCAAGAUUUGUACAUCAAAAUAAUUAAAAAGAAAUGCAUGGAUCUAUCUUCAUAUAUUUCUACCAACAUAUAAGCUACAAUAUAUGUAAAGAUAUAUUCCAUUUUUAUAAAAUAUAUUUCAAAAUGUAAGUAUUAAAAUGUAAUGUUUAAAUCUUUAAAAAUUGGUACGUGUGUAUUAUCAACUGUGAAAAACAUAUGGAAGUGUUUGAUUGUAAAUGUGGAGGCUCGCCACAUAUGAAUCUCUAAUCAGAAAUUGUUUUUAGAAGCAGUGGAAUAAAUGUGACCAUGAAAAUCUAUAGCCAGCACAAACAAAAAAGUUUGUUUACAAGCAUUCCAAAAUUGUAUUGUUAAUUUUAUACAUUCUUAAGGAAAAUACAGACUGUUCCCAAAUGUU